CCUGUAUUAAUCCAGCAUAUAUAUAUAAUACGUUUUGACUUUUACCUAUCAGUCGUGUACUAUCCAAAAGAAUAUGCUUCGUAGCAGGGUUUCGAGUUUUUUGAUUAACCAUGGAAAAAAUCCAAUUAGAACUUUUUCAGCAAAUCCAGCGGUGCGCGGAAGGAAUCCAGUUCGGAGCAUUUCAGCGAAUCCUACGCUUAUACAGCCAAGAAGACAACCAAUUAAAAAGUUCGAGGAAAAUCCUGUCGUGGGACUACAAAGAAGCAAUCAAGUCAGAGCCAUUUCAACAAACCCAGCGCUGAAUUUAAAAGAAGAUAGCGAGGAAUGUCCAGUAUCUUCCUACAACGAAUGGGAUCCAUUAGAAGAAAUUAUUGUAGGAAGAGCCGAGGGACUUACUGUUCCAAACUUAACUGUAGACAUUAAGUCGAUUGUAUCCGAGGAGCAUUGGGAUUUCUUUCAAAGAGAUGCAGGCAAACCUUUCCCCGAAAAAUAUGUACAAAGAGCAAUCAGAGAAGUUGAAGAGUUUUGCAAUAUCUUGCGCCGAGAAGGAAUUGUCGUUCGCCGUCCAGAUAUUGUAGAUUGGGCAAAAGUAUGCGAGACGCCUGACUUUAAAACUGCAGGUCAAGGUUCAGCUAUGCCUAGGGAUUUGCUCAUCGUUUUUGGGGACGAAAUAAUUGAAGCACCAAUGGCGUGGCGUUCAAGAUUCUUUGAAUAUCGAGCUUACCGUAGCAUUGUGAAAGAUUAUUUCAGACGCGGAGCUAAAUGGACAACAGCACCAAAGCCACUAAUGAGCGACGAGCUUUAUGAUUCUAAUUAUCCAGUGGGAGAUACAGAAGAAUCCGAACGUAUGACAAAACAAGGAAAAUUUGUCGUCACUGAAUUUGAGCCAUGUUUCGAUGCUGCUGACUUCAUGAGAGCUGGAAAAGAUAUAUUUGCACAACCAAGUCAAGUGACUAAUUUUAUGGGCAUUGAAUGGAUGAAACGACAUUUGGAGCCGAAAGGAUACAAAAUACAUAUCGUAACUUUCAAGAAUGCAAACCCAAUGCACAUUGAUGCUACUUUUAGCAUUGUUGGGCCAGGACUUGUAAUUGUUAACCCAGCAAGACCAUGUUAUCAGAUCGAUCAAUUUGAAAAGGCUGGAUGGAAACUUGUUGAAGCGCCAAAACCUUGUAUACCAGACUCUCACCCAGUUUGGCUUUCAUCUAAAUGGAUUUCAAUGAAUACUCUUAUGCUGGAUGAAAAUAGAGUCGUCUGUGAAGCGCAGGAGAUCGACACUAUUAAAAUGUUUGAGAAACUGGGUAUGGAAGUUAUCAAAGUAAAUUUCCGCCAUGCAAAUUCCUUUGGAGGUAGUUUUCACUGCUGGACUACGGACAUUAGACGAAGGGGAACCUUACAAUCCUAUUUCUAAAAACUGUGAAAUAUAAAAGGGAUCACUACCUCAACUACGUGAAAAAAAGAUAUACAGAUGCCAAUUUCGAUUCAAUGCAAUUAAUAUUGUUUACUAGAAGUAUGCAUAUUUGUUAUUGUUGUGCCUUGCUUUAUAACCAUACAUGCAUUUGAUCAAUCUUUCAUUUUUGAAUGCCCAUAUCCUAUUCUAUAUGCUGUUACUAUAUUAUAUAAAAUGAAGUAAAAUAUCCAAAGUAGUAACAU